AUUGGCAUCGAAGGGCACGUAGGCUGUGCGCCACUGAACUCCUAGUCGGUAUCAUAGUCAGGUGCAUCCAAGUAGCCUUACAAAUUGCCGCACUCCCCAAUCUCGCUCAUUGAUUGAAGACUGAUUUCCGCCAUCAGCUUCCUCCUCGCUACAGCAACUAUCUUCUACUCCCUCAGCCAUACUGUACCCCCACUAUCCACUACGAAAGAUCUUGUUUCCAGAAGACCAGCCACCGCAUUGCCACGAUGUCGCAGCAGAUUCCUGGAACGAACUCCGAGCGCGACUCCAAUGACCCUCCAGCAUUUGGAGCAGACCACAACGACGACGAUCAGGACUUUGGGUAAGUCACUUUUUUUUUUAAUAUCACGCAGGUAUGCCUCCUAUCUCCAUGCCGAGACCCCUGGGAAGGGAUGUACCGUGCCCUGCCAUCAGCCAAUCGUCGAUCAUAACAACGCCUUCCUUCCCCAGCAAGCUGCACAGACCAAUGGACGCCUUUCACAUGCGCAGGCAGAAGACGAUUCUGGGCCUCAGUACCCCUGUCAGAUCAAUCCCUGGAACGAGCCCGCUUUCGAUGCCUAUUACCCGGGAGGCUUCAACCCUGAUACUGCCUUCUAUGGCGCCUCAUCGAACUUUCCGUAUCAUGGCAUUGUAAUGCAAUCUGCCCUCCCCGUGGCCCCGGUGGCACUCGUCUGGGACUUCAAUGGCAUCCAGGAAUUUCAUCAGUCAACUAUAUCUCUCGCGGAUGCCGCCCAGCUGAACCCAGCGUCAUAUCCAGCUCCAGUCUCAGCCCUACCGGCCACGGUCCCUACUCCUGCUGCAGCAGACCGCUUCCGCUGUCCACAUGGAUGUCCAGCAACAUUCGGUCGCGGCGGAGAGUAUCGUCGCCACAUGAUGAUCCACGAGCGCCCCAGGUACAGAUGCCCUAUUGUCGAUUGCCCCAAGGCGUUUUCUCGCGCAGACAAGCUUCGCGAUCAUGCCAAGAGGGGCCACGGAGGUCGUAACCCUCUCAACCUGUAGUUGUUCUAUGUGCCGAACUUUGUCCUCAUUAGUGUUUCCUUGAGUAACACAUGUCGGUCUUUACACGCUUGUCGCGAUCUGUUGUACACUCGUUGCUGCUAGCUUUUGUUGCUCUUUUUGCUUUCUAGUUAGGUCGCUCCUUGAUAGUUGUAGUUAGUGAGAUACAAGUCUUUCCUUAA